ACGUCACCUCCCAUAGCACCGACGGACAACACGCGGAUCCCUGUCUACGUGGCGGGGCGGAAGAGGAGCGCGUCUAGCGGAGAGAGUUGUCAGCAGCGAGACUAACCGAUGAACAUGUCUGACUCCAACCCUCCCAUAUUCCCCCCCGCUCCUCUCUCUGACCCUUCCCACACCGACGCCAACCCCCCAGGAGAAGACACACACACAGCUCUCCCGCCUCCCACACCCGUCCCCCAGCCCUCGUUGGCCACGGAGGGUUCCGAGGGCUCUGAGCCAGCCAAUGAGGUGGCAGGAGAGGACGUGACCAGGGACGACAGAGAUGAGGCUCCUAUUGACCAAUCAGGGGGCGGCGGCGGCGUGGAGGAUCAGGUGACUGAGUGUGGCCAAUUGGUGAGCCUGGAGGCGGAGACCGCUGCUGCCGAGGGGGAGGAAGAGGACUCUCUUCAGGUCAAGGGGAAAGGUUGGGGUGGAUGGGGCUCCUGGGGGAAGUCUCUACUGACCAGUGCCACGUCUACUGUGGGUAACAGUCUAACUUCAGUAAAGGAGAAGGCCGGAGCUCUGCGUCUUCACAGGAACUCAGUAGGAGAGGAGGCGCGAGAGGAGGGAGAGGAGGAGAGGAAGGAGGGAGGAGAGGAAGAGGAGGAUAGCUGUCCUCAAUCAGCUCCACCACCAAGCAGAGGAGUACUGUCUACCAUCACACACGCUGGUAAAUCAGUGAUCAGUGGAGGUCUCGAUGCCUUAGAGUUCAUCGGUAAGAGAACCAUGACGGUCCUGGCAGAGACUGACCCUGGUUUCAGGAAGACCAAGAUACUAAUGCAGAGGACUGUCUCACUCAGCCAGAUGCUGAAGGAUGCCAAGGAGAAGGAGAGGGCUCGUCUCAGCUGCCAGCCAAUCAGUGAGCCCACAGCUCACUACGGAAUCCUGUUUGAUGACUACCAGGGCCUAUCACACCUAGAGGCUCUGGAGAUACUGGCCAAUGAGAGUGAGGCUAAGGUUCAGUCGUUCCUCUCCUCCCUGGAAGAGGAGGAUCAGGAGGAGAUAAAGAAAGAACUGAUCGCCAUCAAGGACAUCUUCGUCAGCCACACGGGAGAGGAGGAGGAGGAAGGAGAGGGAGAGGAGAAGAAGGAGGGAGAGGAGACAGUGGAUAGGGGUGAUCUAAGUCCCCAGUGUUCUACUCCUCUGUCUGCUGAUGGGGAGGAGUUUAAUCUGUCUCUCUCUGACAAACUGAAGACAGUCCCUGUCACCCCAGACAAACUGAACAAGGCCAGGAUGAGAGCGCAUGAUUGGGUGAGAGAGGUGGAGAAACCUGUCGUCGUCACAGAUACCAUCGGGGGGGCGACGGAGGAGGAGCAAAGAGGAGAACCUGAAACAAGAGAGGGAGAAGAAGAGAAGAAAGAGGAGGAGGAGCUAAAGGAGAAGAAAGAGGGGGAGGAGCUAAAGGAGAAGAAAGAGGGGGAGGAACUGGAGGAGAAGAAAGAGGAGGAGCUAAAGGAGAAGAAAGAGGGGGAGGAGCUAAAGGAGAAUGAGGAAGAGAGACGAUCCAGGUCUGUAGAGGCAGUGUACCUGUCUUCAGUGGGCUCCCUGGCGGAGGUGACAGCCCGCAGUAUCGAACAGCUCCACAAGGUGGCAGAGUUGAUCCUCCACGGACAGGACCUGGAGAAACCUGCCAGAGACCAGGCUCACAUACUCACCAGGUUGACGUGUGCCAUGUGUCGGGAGGUGGGUUGUCUUGCCAGGAAGUUCUCUGAUACUCUGCUCACCGUUGGGGUUCAGAGAAAAGCAGAAGAGUUGAACCCUUUGGUAGACAGUGUGCUGCUUGAGGUAAGACAUAUAACUGUUGUUCUGAAGGGUUCUAACAGUGUUCUGUUGUUCUGAAGGGUUCUAACAGUG